GAUAGUUCUAUUCUCAAAUGUACUUAGAGAAAGGCAUCAACUCUACUCACUUGACCUGAGUUGUUCACAUCUUUCUUUCCUUUUUCUUUCAGCAUUUGAUUUUCUUCUUAUUUUUUCUUUUGGUCUGUUCUGAAUUCUGAUUGAAAGUUGGAUUUUUCUGCAUGAAGAUCCCAAUAGAUUCUCUUGGUAAGAUUUAUAAGGGAAGUCAGUAAAAAAAACACAGAGGAUCUUGUUCACUGCCCUUUCCUUCUUUCGAAAAGUUAGGCUUACCAAGAGACUGCAAUAAGUGAAAUACUUAAUAGAUGAAGGCUCAACUUGGGAGAUCUCUAAAAAGACAAACUGUCAGCCUGUCUUAUUCUCUCUCUUUUAAGGCUUUGCAUACUACCCUUGUGUUCCUGUGGGUCUUUGGUUUUCCAUAAAAUCUAAUAUUAUUGAGACCAUUUCAAACAUAUUGAGAUAUCCUUGCAGAAUCUGAGGCAAGUUCUGAUUUUGGAGGCUCUUCAUCCAUUCAGGGGUAGAUUCUAGUUUUCCUCAACUAGUUUCCCCUAUAUUUGAAUUGCUUUUUUCAAUUAUUUUUAUGCAGGCAAAUCAUCAAUGGAGAAUGGUAGAUAUGGUUUAUACAGGCAGAGCAGUGGUCUGUGGAGGUCCUUGAGAGAUGGAGACUUUGAGGAAGAAGAUGUUUGGGCUGUUCUCAGAGAUAGGACAGAUUCGACUUCCAUGAUUGGCAAAUCCAAAGAACCUUCUACUUCUGUUCCUAGACCACUCCCAAGUGCUUCAAGAAUGAUACCAAGGGCUGCAAAUAGUAGUAGUAGUAGUAAUGGAUCUUCUCAUGAACCCAAAAUUGUUCAGCAAUCAGCACCUGUGAACAUUCCUGACUGGUCAGCGAUUUAUGGAAAGAAGUCAAAAAAGGCCUCUAAGAAUUCUUCAUGGCAUGAUGAUGAUGAUGAUGAUGAUGAUCAUGGGGUUAUGAAUGAUGCAGGGGACAGUGAUGAGGAUGAGGAUGAGUACAAUUACAAGUUACCCCCACAUGAAAUUAUUUCUAGGAGGCUUGCAAGAAGUCAGAUAUCUUCUUUCUCUGUUUUUGAAGGUGUUGGGAGGACUCUGAAAGGGAGGGACCUUAGCAAGGUGAGGAAUGCUGUCCUAACAAGAACUGGUUUCCUUGAAUCACCUUGAGGGGCCUAUGAAAUUCCUUAUGCUAUUUUACUUUUUCUUUCUGUGAUUCUAUGUACAGGGGCUUGUGGUGGUUCUUAGUCUUGGAGGUUGUAUUAUAUGUGGUUUGUGUUUAGGGUAUGAGAAAUCUGAAAUCCCUUCUAAUGUAAAAACAUUAAUUGGUCCAAUUUCCAAUGGUUCCUUUCCUUUGAUAA